AUGGCUACUAGAGAUUUGCUUAGUUUCGGUGAAAUUUUUAAAACUAUCCCACAAGAAAUCACAUUAGGUAAAAGUAAAGAACAAUUACAGAAAGAAGAUAUAGUUGAAGAUGAUGAAACAAUAGAAACAAAAGUUACCGUUAAUUCUCUUUGGAGUGGAUUCACAUCUGGUGCUGGAUUGUUCAGUGAUGGAUAUGUUAAUGCUGGGAUUAGUAUUGUCUUAUCUUGUUUGAAACAAAUUUAUGGUGAUGAAUUCACCCAAUCAAACGCUAUCAACAAUAUUGGUUCCAUUGGUUUCGUGGGUACCGUUGUUGGACAAUUAAGUUUUGGUUACAUAUCUGAUAGAAUAGACAGAAAAGGAGGUAUGUUGGCUGCAAAUGUCAUGUUGAUCAUUUUCACCCUUUUAUGUGCUGUUGGUUCAUAG